AGUCACGUGAAUGUCUUUUAGGGUUUUUUCUAGCUAGCUCACUCACCCCUUUAAAAGAGUUUUAGCAUUCUUGCCAUUAGGCCCUUUGAGUCCCUCCUCCUUUCUCUUUUCACUUCUUAUCCCUUGAUCACAAAGAUCUCUCUCUCUCUCUCUCUCUCUCUCUCUCUCUCUCUCUCUCUCUCCAUGGUUCCAGCUUACCUGAAUUCAUCUACUUCUUCUCAUGAAGUACAACCCUACACUGCAAAACCUGAAUCUUCUUCUUGUUUCUCAAGUCAUGCUUUUAGCUGCACAAUUCAAGAUCAAGGAGGAUUCUAUCUUCGUAAGGAUUUACACCACCUAGAAUAUCAACAAGAGGCUAAUAAUUCGGCUACCGAUGAAGGAUCGCAGGAUAAUUCAGCACCCAAUAGCGAAAAUAACUGCGGCUUAAAGUUCUCCUUGUGGAAGAAAGAAGAUGGAAAUGAAAAUCGAUCUGGUUCGGCUAAGUGGACGUGUUCGAAGAUGAAGGUGAUGGGAAGGAUGAUGAUCGCGAACUCCGAUCACAUGAUCAGCUCGGAAGCACAAACUAAUAUUGCUCUAAUGAAGUUUGAAGAUCAAAAGCAAAAGUCAUCUGAUCAUCCUAUGCAAAAUAUUGAUAAUGGCAGCAACAGUUCUUCUAGCAACAGCAACAGCCCAAUUAGGGUUUGCUCUGAUUGUAACACCACUAAGACCCCUCUUUGGAGAAGUGGACCAAGAGGUCCUAAGUCACUUUGCAACGCGUGCGGAAUUCGGCAAAGGAAGGCAAGAAAGGCUAUGGCGGCGGCAGCAGCAGCAGCAACGACAACAACAGAAAAAUCAAAGGACGCAGUUCUUGGAGCCGAGCGUUCUUCGGAUCCACUGAAGAUCAAGUUGCAACACAAAGCUAAGAGAUCAAACAAUGGUCAUGUUUCACAAUACAAGAAAAGAUCCAAGCUUGCCGCCACGCCGAAAUCUCAUGGGAGAAAGAAGCUUUGCUUCGAGGACUUCUUGAUCAGUUUGAGUAAGAAUUUGGCAAUUCAACAAGUUUUCCCACAAGAUGAGAAGGAGGCUGCAAUUCUGCUAAUGGCUCUAUCUUGUGGCCUCGUUCAUGGUUGAGCACUUUUCUUCUGUUUAUCUUUCUUGGGUUUUUUCUUUAGCAGUACUAGAGCAUGUGUGUGUGAAAGUUGAGGCUUGAGAGUAGGAGAGAGAGAGAGAGAGUGAUUGGAAUCACGUGAGCAACCAAUCACCGCUCAACAUUUCACCGUCCGUCUAGGCAAUAAAUGGUCCGGAUUCUAAAAAAACUCUUUCAGUUAAACUCUACCUUGAAAGAGUUUUUAAAAAUCCGGCCCGUCCAAAACAUUUUUAGACGGCAAGAUUGAGAGCGGUGGGAAGAAUAGUAAAAGGUGAGCGGUGGACGUAGACUUUCUGAAUUUCAUGAUAGAGAGGAAUAAAUUUGUGUGGCCUAGGAGUGAGUUUAAUUAGUUAUGUGGAAUGAUAGUUGAGCAGGGUUUUUUUUUUUUUAU